AUGGCGGACAACGCCUCGGCCAUCUUGUGCACCGACGGUCUCGUCCUGCCAUGUUGGCGUCCUUUGGCCGACGUCCCGGUAAUCGACAAGUUCGGACGCGGGGCCCUUUACUUCGUCUUCCUCGCUUUUCUGUUCAUCGGCGUUUCGAUUGUUUCGGACCGAUUUAUGGCGGCAAUUGAGGUAAUUACUUCACAAGAACGGGAAGUUUCCGUUGGUAAAACUGACGACAAUAAGCAAAUUGUUGUGGUGCGAGUUUGGAACGAAACUGUAGCUAAUUUGACGCUGAUGGCUUUGGGGUCGAGCGCUCCGGAAAUAUUGCUGAGUGUUAUCGAGAUUUAUGCGAGGAAUUUUACGGCGGGCGAGUUGGGGCCUGGUACUAUAGUAGGCUCGGCCGCUUAUAAUUUGUUCGUAAUAAUAGCUAUAUGCGUUUGGGUGAUUCCGGCCGGAGAAGUCAGAAAAAUCAAACAUUUAGGCGUUUUCUUUGUGACUGCAACCUGGUCUGUAUUCGCCUAUGUGUGGAUGUAUUUGAUUUUGUGCUUCUUUUCGCCUGGGGAAGUCGAGAUUUGGGAAGGCCUUGUCACGUUUGCCUUUUUUCCUUGUACCGUUUUAACCGCUUACGGUGCUGACCGUCAAAUUCACAAGUUUGUCCGCAAAGAUUUCAGGAUGAACCAACGCGGCGUGAUUGUCCGAGCAGAAGGCGCCGACCAAUUGGAAAUGGUCAACACGGAACUUUUAGUACUAGAUGAUGCGCACGAGGAUAUUAAGCAAGAGUAUGUGGCAACGCUUAAAGAUUUAAAGCAGCGCAAUCCGCACACGGAUAUAGAGUCACUGGAAAAACUAGCACACGAGGCUUUGCUCAACAAAGGCCCCAAAUCUAGAGCAUUUUAUCGAAUUCAAGCUACUAGAAAACUAAUGGGCAGUGGCGAUUUAAUGCGCAGAAUCUCUGAGCGUGCGCAAAGCGAUUUGAGCGAAGUCAAAGCGGAAUUGCAGCGGGAGAAUUGCGCACCAAAUAAUUGUUCGCGUGUUUAUUUUGAACCCAGUCGCUAUACUGUAUUAGAAAGUUGUGGCCAUUUUGAAAUUACAAUAGUACGUACUGGUGAUUUAGACUCUUGCCUCUCGGUCGAAUAUACAACAGAAGACGGUACUGCCUUAGCCGGAAGCGACUACAUCCAAAACAAAGGCAUUAUUGAAUUUCUGCCAGGCGAAAAAGAAAAAAAAAUCGCCUUAGAAGUAAUCGAUGAUGACGAAUUUGAAGCCGAUGAGCACUUUUACGUUCGGCUGUGUUCGGCGCAGCCGGCGGGCAGUCUCGGUACUCCGAUGCUCGCCACGGUGAUUAUUCUAGACGACGAUCACGGCGGGCUGUUUAAAUUCGAAAGUCAAAAUCACGAGUUGGUGGAGAGCGUCGGCACCUACGAGCUGAAAGUGGUCCGGUGCUCGGGAGCUAGGGGGCGUGUCGUGUUGCCGUAUAGUACCGAAGACGGUACCGCCAAAAGUGGGAAGGAGUACGAGGGUAUUGAAGGCGAGCUAGUUUUCGAAAAUAACGAAUCAGAAAAAGUGAUUCCGUUGACGAUAAUCGAAGAAGACAGCUACGAAAAAGACGUGCUGUUUUACGUGCAACUAGGCGAACCCCUAAUGGUUGGCGACGAAGUAGCAAAUUUGGCGGCCGAAGCCGAAAAAAAACGACCGGAGGAGCGCACGGACCGAGAACGGCUGGCGAUUAUGGGCAAACCGAGACUUGGCGACAUUGUCCGAGCCCAAAUCCGAAUCAAGGAAAGCAAAGAGUUUAAGAAUACGGUAGACAAACUGGUCCAGCGCGCCAAUGCCUCGUUACUAAUCGGCACGUCGUCUUGGAAGGAGCAAUUCCUCGAAGCCUUGACAGUCAGCUCGAGCGAAGACGUCCAAAAACCGUCCAAGCUGGACUACUUCAUGCAUCUAGUUACAGUUUUCUGGAAAAUAAUUUUCGCCCUGAUUCCGCCCACUGACAUUUGCAACGGCUACUUGUGCUUUGUAGUUUCGAUAUUUUGCAUAGGACUGGUCACCGCUGUUAUCGGUGACGUGGCAUCGCACUUUGGUGCCACUUUAGGUAUCAAAGAUGGCGUAACUGCAAUUGUAUUUGUCGCUUUGGGUACCAGCAUACCAGAUACGUUUGCCAGCAAAGUGGCGGCCAUCAACGACAAACACGCAGACGCCAGCGUUGGUAAUGUUACCGGAAGUAACGCUGUCAAUGUUUUUUUGGGUAUCGGCGUUGCCUGGUCGAUUGCUGCUAUUUACCACGGCUGUCACGGCAACAAAUUUACCGUCCAUCCUGGCAGUUUAGCCUUUUCGGUGACGAUAUUUUGUUCGGAAGCGGCCGUCGCCAUUUUGAUUCUGUUGCUCAGACGUUCGAAAAGUAUCGGGGGAGAACUGGGUGGUCCCACUGCAUCUAAAUUGCUCACUUCUCUGGUACUUUUCGGCCUGUGGAUCGUCUAUUUGGUGCUAUCGACGUUAGAGGCCUACGGCGUCAUCAAGGGUUUCUAA